AUGUCAGUGUCCAAGCUCCUCUCCCGCAUUGUUGCCCACUCUUCAGAUCGAAUUGAUACAUGCAAAUGUGUGGCCUCCAGCCUCCAUGACCAUACUUAUGGCAUAACUUCGGAUCCUCUUACCCAGUUUGCCUGUAUCCUAUCUGCAUUGAUUCAUGAUGCCGAUCAUGUUGGUGUGCCCAAUACUCAACUUGUGAAGGAAGAGACCGAAACAGCCAAGCGAUACAAGGGCAAGAGUGUAGCUGAGCAGAACUCUGUUGUACUGUCGUGGGAGAUGCUCUUGCGUCCUGAGUAUUGUGACCUGAGGGGUGCCAUCGCUGCAACAGAUGCUGAGUGGACACGCCUCAAACAGCUUGUUGUCAAUUCUGUGAUGGCUACUGACAUCAUGGACAAGGACCUGAAGGGGUUGCGCAAUGUUAGAUGGGAGAAGGCAUUCUCAGAACAGGAUCCAAGCGAGGAUGCACAUGUGACCACCAACCGCAAGGCCACAAUUGUUAUUGAGCACCUGAUUCAGGCUUCCGAUGUGGCUCACACAAUGCAACACUGGCAUGUGUACAGGAAAUGGAACCAGAGGCUAUUUGAGGAGAUGUACAAGGCCUACAAGGAGGGCCGUUCUGAGAAGGACCCUUCUGAAUUCUGGUAUAAGGGAGAGACUGGUUUCUUUGACUUCUACAUCAUCCCACUGGCAAAGAAGUUAAAGGACUGUGGUGUUUUUGGGGUUGCCUCUGAUGAGUACCUGACCUAUGCCAUUCAGAAUCGGAGGGAAUGGGAAGAGCGUGGGGAAGCAGUUGUCGAUGAGAUGAUUGAAAAAGUGAAGGCAGUUUGGGAGGAAGAGGCCGAGACCACAGACACCUUUGUUGAUGAAGCCAGCGUUUCACUUUGA